UCUGCAGACUUAAUGACGGCGUCGCUGAUCAAACGCAGCUGUAUUGAAUCGUCACUGAUCAGCGUCUCGGUCCAGAUGUAGGCGGAGUUUGGGGAAACGCUGAGAGGGAUUAAGAUCCGCUGGAAUUUAAAUGCGCUUUUGGAGGUGUUGUGGUCACAGAGCUGCGGCUGAGAACGGAGAGGGCGACAUGCAGUAAAUGAAAACGCACAAAGGAGACAUGGCAGUGGGACUCAUAGCCAACGCUGUGGCCACUGUUGGCUGCCUCAUUACUAAUGUAAUGAAUUUUCUCACUGAUAUGUUUCUGACUCCACCGCUGAAGGCCACGCUCAAACAUCUGGAGGAAACUGAACUCAAAACUUUGAAAGGAGAGAUAAAAACCCUGAAAGCCAGGUCUCUGUGGGAGAAGUCUGGAGCUGUCAUCAUGGCAGUGCGGAGGCCUGGAUGAUUUUUGUGCAGAGAGGAGGCUGCAGAGCUGUCCUCUCUGAAACCCCAGCUGGACGAGCUCGGUGUCCCUCUGUACGCUGUGGUGAAGGAGGACGUCGGCACCGAGGUCCAGAACUUCAGACCAUACUUCAAGGGGGAGAUCUUCUUGGAUGAGAAGAGGCGUUUUUAUGGACCCCGUGAGAGGAAGAUGGGUCUCCUGGCGUUCCUUCGCGUUGGGGUGUGGAUGAAUGGCCUGAGGGCCUUUAAGAAUGGCUUCAUAGGAAACGUUAUGGGGGAGGGCUUUGUCCUCGGUGGGGUCUUCGUUAUUGGACGAGGACAGCAGGGAAUACUUCUGGAGCACAGAGAGAUUGAGUUUGGGGAUAAAGUCAACAUUGUAGAUGUCAUCCAAGCUGUCAGAAGAAUGCCACAGGAACUUCUGGCUUUAGAGAAGAAAUAAUGAUCUGUAUUACUCACAAUACACACACAAAAAAAAACCUCAUAUCUCUAAAUCCCUGGCAAUCCAACAUCUUCUGGAGCACAAAAUUUAGAACUACAUAAGUGACACACAGUUGAACAAAUGAUUAUCUAAACAUUGAAAAAUGUUUUUUAAUUGCUGAGUAGAGAGGGUGUAUGAGAAACUGAUAUUCAUAAAUUGCACAUCAGGCUUGUGGGUUUGUUGGUGGUCUGGUCUUGGGGAACCCAGGAUGCAUUUUGGGGUAGGACUUUAUAAAGAGGCUCUGAGUGUGUUUAAUGACGGUCUGUCUUUAAAGUCGACAGAGGAAGCAGACCUGAUAUCUAACGCUCAAGUUCCUUUUAUAACUGUGAUACCGUUGUGUUAUCUUUGGAGCCAUAAGACUGCUGUAUGACUAAUAAACCAUUGCCUUUGUGUUCAA